ACUUCACUUACUCUUUUUUCUGCAGGAUCUCCCUCAUGAUGCAUAUAAACUUCUUGCUGUGCCAUCUCCUAUUGGUGGAGUACUUGUUAUUGGUGCGAACUCAAUCCAUUAUCACAGCCAGUCAUCUUCUUGUUCGUUGGCGUUGAACAAUUUUGCCUUCUUUGGUGAUAGCAGUCAAGAAAUGCCAAGAUCAUCUUUUACUGUGGAGUUAGAUGCAGCUAAUGCAACUUGGUUAGCAAAUGAUGUGGCAAUGCUGUCCACUAAAACAGGGGAGCUACUUCUUCUGACAAUUAUGUAUGAUGGGAGAAUCGUUCAAAAGCUCGACCUUUCAAAAUCAAGAGCUUCAGUACUUACAUCGGGAAUUACAACAAUUGGAGACUCAUUAUUCUUUUUGGGCAGUCGCCUAGGAGAUAGUUUGCUCGUGCAGUUUACUUGUGGUCUGGGAGGGUCAAUUUUGCCUCCUGGGGUGCAGGAAGAGGUUGGAGAUAUUGAAAGUGACACUCCCUCUGCGAAGAGGCUAAGAAGGUCAUCCUCGGAUGCAUUGCAAGAUAUGAUUAAUGGCGAAGAGCUUUCCUUAUAUGGUACAGCUCCAAAUAAUGCACAAUCAGCACAGAAGGCAUUCUCAUUUGCAGUGAGGGAUUCCCUGAUCAAUGUUGGCCCUCUAAAAGACUUUGCUUAUGGUCUGAGAAUCAAUGCCGACCUAAAUGCUGCUGGAAUUGCUAAGCAAAGUAAUUAUGAACUGGUAUGCUGUUCAGGCCACGGAAAGAAUGGUUCUCUGUCUGUUCUUCAACAAUCUAUCCGCCCAGAAAUGAUAACCCAAGAAGCCUUGCCAGGUUGCAAGGGAAUUUGGACUGUUUACCACAAGAGUGCGCGUAGCCAUCUCAACGAAUCCUCAAGGGUGGCAGAUGAAGAAGAUGAAUAUCAUGCAUAUUUGAUUAUUAGUUUGGAGACUCGUACGAUGGUUCUGCAGACUGCAAAUAAUUUGGAGGAGGUAACAGAGAAUGUCGAUUACUAUGUUCAAGGAAAUACUAUUGCUGCUGGAAAUCUAUUUGGGAGACGUCGAGUAAUCCAAGUGUUUGCACAUGGCGCUCGAAUUCUUGAUGGUGCAUUUAUGACUCAAGAACUGAGCUUUAAGGCUUCAAAUGUGGAAUCUGGCUCGAGUUCUGAUAGUUCUAUCGUAUCUUCUGUUUCGAUAGCUGACCCUUAUGUUUUACUAAGAAUGACAAAUGGAAGUAUUCAGCUUCUUCCGGGAGAUCCAUCAUCGUGCUCUGUUUCUGUUACUGUUCCAUCAAUAUUUGAAAGCUCAAAAAAGUCAGUAUCUGCUUGUACUCUAUAUCAUGAUAAAGGCCCUGAACCUUGGCUCAGGAAGACUAGUACUGAUGCUUGGCUUUCUUCUGGAAUGGGAGAGGCAAUUGAUGGUGCAGAUGGGGUAACCCAUGAUCAGGGUGAUGUGUAUUGUGUUGUUUGCUAUGAAAAUGGUACUCUUGAAAUAUUUGAUGUUCCCAAUUUUAGUUGUGUUUUCUCCAUUGAUAAAUUCGUAUCUGGAAGAACCCACCUUGUCGACACCUUUAUCCAAGAUCCAGUCAAUGGUCUGAAGAAAAAUACUGAGGAUGUUAUGGGCCCUGGACAGAAAGAGAAUGCUAAGGACAUGAAGAUAAACGUGGUGGAGUUGAUGAUGCAUAGGUGGAUAGGGCUAUAUUCCCGCCCUUUUCUUUUUGGGAUAUUAGCUGAUGGGACGAUUCUGUGUUAUCAUGCAUAUGUUUUUGAAGGAUCAGAGAAUUCUUCUAAAGUUGAUGGAUCUGUUUCGUCACAGAAUUCCAUUGGUCUUAGCAGUACAAAUGCAUCUAGGCUCAGAAAUUUAAGAUUUGUUCGGGUUUCAGUAGAGAAUUAUGCAAAGGAAGAGAUGUCAUCUGGAACCCCAUCACAGCGAAUGAGUGUCUUUAAGAAUAUUGGUGGUUCUCAAGGAUUAUUUCUCACCGGGUCCAGGCCAUCUUGGUUCAUGGUAUUUCGUGAACGACUUCGAGUACAUCCACAGCUGUGUGACGGACCUAUCGUUGCGUUCACUGUUCUUCAUAAUGUCAACUGUAAUCACGGACCUAUCUACGUAACAGCCCAGGGCACUUUAAAAAUAUGCCAGCUUCCAUCAUUCCUGUCCUAUGACAACUAUUGGCCAGUGCAGAAGAUACCACUGAAGGGAACACCACAUCAAGUUACUUAUUUUGCUGAGAAGAAUCUUUACCCAAUUAUAGUUUCAGUUCCAGUUCUUAAGCCAUUGAAUCAAGUCCUAUCAACUAUAGCUGAUCAAGAAGUUGGCCACCAGUUUGAUCCUGAUAAUAUAAAUUUUGAAGGGAACUAUCCUAUAGAAGAAUUUGAGGUGCGGAUUAUGGAACCAGACAAAUCUGGUGGGCCCUGGCAAACAAGGGCAAGUAUUCCUAUGCAAAGUUCUGAAAAUGCUCUGACUGUGAGGGUGGUUACUUUACUUAAUACAACAACCAGAGAGAAUGAAACACUAUUGGCAGUUGGAACUGCUUAUGUGCAAGGGGAGGAUGUUGCUGCAAGAGGACGUGUGCUUUUGUUUUCUGUAGACCGAAAUGCUGAUAAUUCUCGAACUUUGGUCUCAGAAGUCUACUCAAAGGAAUUGAAGGGUGCUAUAUCUGCUUUAGCUUCACUUCAAGGUCACUUGUUGAUAGCUUCUGGUCCUAAAAUUAUCUUGCACAAAUGGACGGGGUCUGAGUUGAAUGGAGUUGCUUUUUGUGAUGUUCCUCCACUCCAUGUUGUGAGCCUAAAUAUUGUGAAGAACUUUAUUCUUCUUGGAGACAUUCACAAGAGUAUAUACUUCAUCAGUUGGAAAGAGCCUCAGCUUAAUUUAUUAGCUAAAGAUUUUGGUUCCCUUGACUGUUUAGCAACAGAGUUCUUGAUUGAUGGUAGCACUCUCAGUCUUGUAGUUUCAGAUGAUCAAAAAAAUGUUCAGAUAUUCUACUAUGCUCCGAAGGUGUCAGAAAGUUGGAAAGGGCAGAAGCUUCUGUCUAGGGCUGAGUUCCAUGUUGGUUCUCGCAUUACGAAGUUCUUACGCUUGCAGUUGCUUCCCACUAUAUCUGACCGAACUGGUACCACUCCAGGGUCUGAUAAAACAAAUCGCUUCGCUUCAGUGUUUGGGACACUAGAUGGCAGCCUUGGCUGUAUAGCCCCUCUGGAUGAACUUACUUUUCGUAGGCUUCAGUCCCUGCAGAAAAAGCUUGUCAGUGCUGUUACCCAUGUUGCUGGACUAAAUCCAAGAUCAUUCCGGCAGUUCCGUUCAAAUGGAAAAGCUCAUCGGCCUGGUCCAGACAACAUAGUUGACUAUGAGCUGCUAUCCCACUAUGAGAUGCUCCCAUUGGAGGAACAGCUUGAGAUAGCUCAGCAGAUUGGAACCACACGGAUGCAAAUAAUGUCAAACUUGAAUGACUUGACCUUAGGCACAAGCUUCUUAUAGUGUAGCUGAAUAGAUCAGAAACAAUGUUGCUAAUUUGGUGGAAGUGAGGAACUGGAGCGGUUCAGAAGUCAUCUCCGGCCAGUCUUAAGCCUUCAGUAAUCAUCCUUGUGGAACUAAGACGGCUUUACACCUAUGAUGCUGUUUCUUCUUUGAAUCAUGAAUCCGAAGAACUGUGCAGGGAUCACCAUUCUCGUCAAGCAGCUGCAGUCUCUUAAUGAGAUUGCCCAGAAUUCUUGGUUCUGUUGUUGUUGAUGGAUGUAUAUUAAUUAGGUGUAUCCUUCUUAGGACCACUUAUAAUGUAUUGCAUAAGUUAAAAUGUGAAGCUUGAUAUGUCAAUCAUUGUAAUCUUCUUCUUUUUUUUUUUGUUGAGAAUGGUAUCAUUUGUAUUUGUAGGUUAAUUUUUUUGAGAAUGGUAACAUUUGUAAUGGUUAAGCAUAAUGUCUAAGUGGUUACACUAGGGGUGUCAAUGGUUCGGUUCGGCCGGUUAUUUUAUAAAAUUUGUACCAUACCAA